AUAUUGGGAUCAAUCACUGGUUAUACUGGGAUCAAUCACAGCUCCUACUUGCGCAGGGGGCGGAGCUUAGGGCCAGCGUAGGGGCGGGGCUUAUCCCGCGCAUGCGCAGUCGCAGCCAUGGCCGCGCCGCUCCGCGUCUCCGUUGUCUACUGCGGUGCCUGAGGCUACAAACCCAAGUUCCAGCAACUGAAGCAGGAACUGGAGCGGCGCUUCCCGGGAGCGCUGGAAGUGGGGCAGGGCACGAAGGAGGUGACAGGAUGGUUCGAGGUGACAGUGGGGGGGCGCCUGGUGCACUCUAAGAAGGCCGGCGCCGGCUUCGUGGACUCAGAGGCCAAGCUCCAGCGCAUCCUCAACGCCAUCAGCGCCCUCCUGCCCCCCAUGUAACCCCCAUCCCAUCCCCAUUCCCAUCCCCAUUCCCAACCCCAUUCCCAACCCCAUUCCCAACCCCACAGC